UUGAGGUUUACCCGAUAUAAAUAGACGAGUGAAGGACUCAGCAAAGGCUCAAAGGCAAUUUCCUCAACUCCAAUAGCAAACCCACCAAAGAAUCAAGAAUCAUGAGAUACGACGUACUAUUUAAUUUGCUGCUCCUUCUGCCAGUGUGCUCAGCUUACAUUUAUCAAAAUGUGGCUUUGCGUGGCAAAGCUGCACAGUCUUCUCAGUACAAAGGGGAUCCGUGGAAUGCAUUUGUUGGUGCCUCCAAUGCUAUUGAUGGAAACCUAAAUGCUGACCUUACAAAGGGAUCUUGCACUCACACUGAUACUGAAAACAGCCCCUGGUGGAGGGUGGACCUGCUGGACGUGUAUAUAGUCACCCAGGUCAUCAUCACCAACAGAGGAGACUGCUGUGCAGAGCAACUCAAUGGUGCGGUGGUUCACAUCGGAAACUCUUUGCAAAGAGAUGGCACUGCAAACCGUCUGGUUGCUACCAUUUCUACUGUUGCAGCUGGAAGCUCUUAUCCAAUAAAACUUACUGAGCGUGUUGAAGGACGUUAUGUGACCAUUAUGACACCUGGUGCACAGAGGUUUCUAAAUCUCUGUGAAGUGGAGGUCUAUGGAUACCGCGCUCCAACUGAAGAAAAUGUGGCAGUUUAUGGAAAAGCUUCACAGUCAACUGUUUAUCCUGGAGCCAUCGCCUACUAUGCCAUUGAUGGGAACCGUGCAGCUCUGUGGAGCCAGGGUUCCUGCAGUGCUACAAAUAAUGACUUUAGCCCCUGGUGGAGACUGGACCUGGGAAGAACCCAUAAAGUGUUCAAUGUUAACAUAACCAAUCGGGUAGAAUUUCCCACUCGAAUUAAUGGAGCUGAAAUUCGUAUUGGAGAUUCACUUGAUAACAAUGGAAAUAACAAUCCCAGGUGUGCUGUGAUCUCAACCAUCGCUGGAGGUGUUACUAAAACCUUUCAGUGCAACGGCAUGGAUGGUCGAUACAUCAACGUUGUCAUACCUGGAAGACAAGAGUAUCUCACUCUGUGUGAGGUGGAAGUGUACGCAUCGAGGCUGGAUCAAAGGCUCAAAGGCAAUUCCCUCACCUUCAACAGCAAACCCACCAAAAAAUCAAGAAUCAUGAAGUACGGUGUUCUGUUUCAUCUGCUGCUCCUCCUGCCAGUGUGCUCAGUUUACACUUACCAAAAUGUGGCUUUGCGUGGCAAAGCUACACAGUCUUCUCAGUACAAAGGGGAGCCAUGGAAUGCAUUUGUUGGUGCCUCCAAUGCUAUUGAUGGAAACCUAAAUGCUGACCUUACAAAGGGAUCUUGCACCCACACUGAUGCUGAAAACAACCCCUGGUGGAGGGUGGACCUGCUGGACGUGUAUAUAGUCACCCAGGUCAUCAUCACCAACAGAGGAGACUGCUGUGCCGAGCACCUCAAUGGUGUGGAGGUUCGCAUCGGAAACUCUUUACGCCAAGAUGGCACUGCAAACCGUCUGGUUGCUACCAUUUCUACUAUUGCAGCUGGAAGCUCUCAUGCAAUAAAUUUUACUGAGCGUGUUGAAGGACGUUAUGUCACCAUUAUAGCACCUGGUGUGAAGAGGGUUGUAAAUCUCUGUGAAGUGGAGGUCUAUGGAUACCGCGCCCCAACUGAAGAAAAUGUGGCAGUUUAUGGAAAAGCUUCACAGUCAACUGUUUUUCCUGGAGCCAUCGCCUACAACGCUAUUGAUGGGAACCGUGAAGGCCGCUUUGACCUGGGUUCCUGCAGUGCUACAAAUAAUGACUUUAGCCCCUGGUGGAGACUGGACCUGGAAAGAACCCAUAAAGUGUUCAAUGUUAACAUAACCAAUCGGGUAGAAUUUCCCACUCGAAUUAAUGGAGCUGAAAUUCGUAUUGGAGAUUCACUUGAUAACAAUGGAAAUAACAAUCCCAGGUGUGCUGUGAUCUCAACCAUCGCUCCAGGUUUUACUGAAACCUUUCAGUGCAACGGCAUGGAUGGUCGAUACAUCAACGUUGUCAUACCUGGAAGACAAGAGUAUCUCACUCUGUGUGAGGUGGAAGUGUACGCAUCAAGGCUGGAUUAAAGUUACUAAAUUUUCAUGGCAUCACAGUGCUUUAAAGUUAAAGCUGCAUGAUUAAUUUUGACCACUAGAGGGUGUGAAAAGCCUUUUGAAUAUCUGAUUGCAUUGAAAACCAAAAUCAAACUCACUAUUGGGAAAGCAGUUCUGAGCUGGGGUACGCAUCUGAUGAACCAAUCACGUGUUUCGGGGACAAUGUGGGAUGCUUGCUGGGUCUGAUUCUGAAAGAUAAGCAAUAACUUGGGACCACAGGUUGAAAAACUAACAAAAAAGAAAGAACAACAAAUGUAUCAGUUAAUAUAAAAAAAGAUCUAUUAUGUAUACUCUUAAAAAUCUUGUCUUUUGAACAGAAUCUGUAAGACUGUUUAUCUAUCAUGUCUAUCAGACAAUCAAAAUAUCUUAUGAUCUAUGUUAUAUUUCUCACUAAUCCUGUGGUUUAUUCAACUGGUCUGAAAUCUGGUGUGUAUUUCUUUAUUAAAUCACUAUAAUAAGUCUGCAAA